AUGGAGGUGACGGACGUUAGGCUGUACCGUGUUACGCGUAGCCAGUCUUCAGAGUCCGAGAACCAUCUUCCCGCGUGGAGCGAACUUAUGCAUCGUGGUGUCGACAACAACGGCGGCGGCGACGGCGGCGGCGGCGAUACCUCUUGCUUCUUGGCGCGUGAGAAAAUAGAGGUAGAAGAAAGGACGAAAAUAGACGUGAUCUUCGGUUGCGCGGCCCUCACCGAAGUCGCUAGCAUGGCCAAGCCUGUCAAGGCUAAAAAGACUCUUGAGUAA